AGCUCACAACGCUAGCCAUUGUCAAGGCGAUCGCACGCAAACGGAGCGAGCUCACCUAAAAAAGCAGCCAAAGCAGCCCAGGCAGCGAAGAAAACUCCUCCGAGAGUAACUUAUAUAACGACUGAUUAGCCCGACGUUUACUUUAGUUAUUCGGUCAACUCUCGACGGUCAAGUUCGCAGCGAUCGCAACUCGACUUGCCGAUCAAAAAAUAAAAUAUUAAAUUUAAACCUAAAAUCAACAAUCCAAAACUAAGAUUUCAAUUCAACCGAAUAGAACCGCGCGCCAGCCAGGAAGUACGUAUCCGUAUCCAGACUCUUGGCGAUUUUGACAAGGAAUAUCCAACCGAGUCAAGUGCAAUCGUCAAAGCCCUAACCAAUGUGCAAUGUGUGUAAUCAGCAAACAGUGAUCAUUUACAUACAUAAAUAAAACUCAUCUCGAAAGUGAAGCGUGACUCAGCAUCGAUAGCCGAGAGCCAAGAAGAAAAUAAAACAAUACGAAUUCCCAUUCCGAAUCUGAAUCUGAAAGGAAAGGAUACUUUUCGGUCACUUCUGACAUUCACGACGCCGAAGAGUCACAACAGUUACAGUUGCAGUUGCAAGUUGUUCUUGCCAAAUCGCACACACACCAUCUGCCGUACCAGUUCUAAGACCGAUUCCAGAUUCGAGAGGAUUGUCGAUUACACCGAAGCGGGAAGACACGAGAGCAAACAGUUAAGACAAAAUGUUUCUACGCCGCUGCACCUUUCUGCUGCUGCUCUGCCUAAUUGCGAGUGACGCCGCCAGCGCCGCACGCAAAACAAAACGUCCUGUCAAGCCGGUCAAGCAGACCGUUCCGCGCAACAAUGUGACGCCCUCGCCGCUGGCCGCCGCAUCAGCCGGUAGCAGUGGCAUUAGCUCCACGCCUGCCAGCACCACCACCACGGACGGCAACGUCAGCGACCAUGUGGCGGCGGAGGCAGCCACCAUCGGAGCGGGCGCCGUGGAGCUGCCCAAGCCGCUGGCCACGCCCAUCGAGGCACAACCAGAGGCCAAGACGGACAAGGCCCCAGCCAUCCUCCAGGAGGAGGAAUGCGAUCCAGAUAUGAUUGGCUUCGAGAUCAUUACCGGCUACGUGCUAUCGGCCCCCUCGAAAAUGCUGGACACCCUGCCCGGGACCCUGAUGCUAACCGACUGCCUGGAGGCCUGCCAGAGCAACGAGUCCUGCAGCGCCGUCAACUACGAAACCGGCUUGUGUGUGCUGUUCAAGACGACCGCCGAUAAAUUGCCAGGUUCACUUUCGCGCUCCCAGUUUCCGGUUUUCACCAUCUACGCACAGAAAUCGUGUUUGGGCGUCCGUCCUUGCUCCAAGGCCUGGUGCAUUGAUCGCGUUCAAGGUUACCGCCUGCCGGACCACGUCAAAUCUAGUCAGACAGUUCUGUCGCGGCGCGACUGCCUGGAACUCUGCCUGGGCGAGACCGAAUUCACAUGCCGAUCGGCCAACUACUAUCGCCACUCGGGUCUGUGCGAAUUGUCCGACAUGGACCGUAUCACUCUAUCCGCCGGAGGAAGCGUGGAGCCCUACGAUGGAGCCGACUAUCUGGAGAACAACUGCGCCGAGGAGCCCAGCAAACUGUGUGAGUUCAAGCGCAUUUCCGGUAAGAUCCUAAAGACAGUGGAUUCGGUGUACCAGGACAUCAACACCAUCGACGAGUGCCGCGAUCUCUGCCUUAACUCCCCAUACAGAUGCCACUCAUACGACUAUAAUGACACCGGAGACAUGGUCUGCCGUCUGUCGCAUCACAGCCGCGCCACCCUCACCGAUGUGAUGGAUCCCUACCUGGAUGUCCCCGAAGCAGCCACCUACGAACUGUCUGCCUGCUACAAUGUCUCCAUCGAAUGCCGAUCCGGCGAAAUGAUUACCAAGAUCCGUACCUCAAAACUCUUCGACGGCAAGGUCUACGCCAAGGGAGCUCCCAAAUCCUGUGCUGUGAACGUGAACAACUCUCUGGAAUUCGACUUCCGCAUGGGCUACAACGAUUUAGAGUGCAACGUUCGCCAGAGCGCCUACGGCAGGUACAUGAACGACAUUGUGAUCCAGCACCACGACAUGAUUGUCACCUCUUCCGAUCUGGGCCUGGCUGUGUCCUGUCAAUACGACUUGACCAACAAGACAGUGCUCAACGACGUUGAUUUGGGAGUGACAGGCGAAAUUGAGUCUUCGCUGAGCGAGGAGAUCACCAUUGACUCGCCCAAUGUGAUAAUGAAGAUCACCUCGCGGGAUGGCAGCGACAUGAAGCGCAUUGCCGAGGUCGGUGAUCCGCUGGCCCUGCGCUUCGAAAUCGUGGAACCGAACAGCCCGUACGAGAUCUUUGUUAGGGAACUGGUGGCUAUGGACGGAUCCGACAGUGCUGAGAUAACGCUGAUCGAUGCUAAUGGCUGCCCCACCGAUCAAUACAUCAUGGGCACAAUCCAGAAGAUGGCGCACAACCGCAAGGUGCUGCUCUCCCAGUUCGACGCCUUCAAGUUCCCCUCCAGUGAAGUGGUCCAGUUCCGUGCCCUCGUGACGCCCUGCAUCCCGCGUUGUGAGCCAGUCAUUUGCGACAGCGAAGAUGGCGCCAGGGGAGAGCUCAAGUCCCUGGUCUCUUAUGGCCGCAAGAAGCGUUCGGUGGUGAAUGGAACUGAUGGUGCCGAGUUCAUGGUCAGCACACGCCAGCGACGGGAUGUGGCCCCUGUGGAUGAUAACAUACUGCUCAUGCAGUCCAUACAAAUCACAGACAAGUUCGGCUUCCAGUCGGAGGAUGGCACUAGCACCACUGGCAACAGCGACAGCGGAUCCGGUCCCCACGAGAAGGCCUAUGCGGGCGUUGCCCAGGACAAGCUCACUUGCCUUAAUGGCUAUGGACUUAUCAUGGCUGGAGGACUGUUCCUGCUGGCCCAGCUGAGUAUCUUUGGCAUCUGGAAAACAGUGCAGCGCCGCACCCGCAAGGAGCGUUACCUGUACCAGCACGAGCCCACGCCCACCAUCACCUAUGGAGCGCCCACCAUGCUGUACGGCCCCCCGCCGCCAUCCUCCGCAGCCUCCUCGUCGGGAGCGUCAUACGGCGGCAGCGCCAAGGACACCCUGAGCAAGCUCUACGACAGCGGAAUCAAUGGACGCUACGGACAGCAGUUCUAGGGAGGAGACCUGGGUGGCUCACGCACCUUGCUGGGAACACUUAGCUGGGAAUAAACGCAAUAUGCCUCGAAAGCUUCAAAAGAUUCGAUGAGACUUGAAUAGAAAAUAUUCGCCUAGCAGCGACACAUGCAAAUCAUUGGAAAACCUAGAUUAAUUCAAGCCUAGACUAAGCCUUAAAUUAACUUUACACUUAAUGUUUUGAAAGAAUUAGUUGCGACCUUUUUUUUAACGAUACGAUGAAUAAUGCGCGCUUUUAAAUGGCUUGGAAAUCCAGUGGUUUCCAACAUUUUAAAUCGGCACAUUGCCAAGAAAAAUUGAAAAGUUUUCCUGUCCAAAUUCGAAUUAGAUUAAAGCUACAGGUUUCUCCAAUCUCUAUAGCAAAGGUUAGGCUAAUUGUAUGUUUAGUAAGAAAUCUGAUUCAUGUCCUUAUGUCUAAGUCUAGACUCGAGCGAACUGCAUUUAUAACUAUUACACUAUUUAUUAAUACCUAUUGAGCUGCUGACAUUUUCCCCACAAAGUUUGCCAAAUAAUUUUGUAUCAAAAUGUUUUGCGCCAGGCUUUUGUGCAAGGCGGCAUUUCUAAAUUCACUGAGGCCUCUACCCACACCCCAACUACUACUUUAACUAUUUAUUUUCUAAUUUUACUUCAGAAUAUUUAUUAACCGAAACGAAAGGCGGUGCUAAUUUUUAAGAGCUUCGACUUGUCCCCCUUGAACAGAGGGGGUCUCAAGUGUCAGACACUUAGUUUAAUCGCGAGGAAAAGGAGAUGAAACAUUUAAUAAA